AUACCACCGAUCAAAAAUCUUAUACAAAAACUCAGCGAAUGUCACGAAGAAGAAAUACCAAGAAUAGUAGAGUCUGCUAUCGACUGGAGCUAUCCACGGGGAGAUCUCUUUCAUUGGAUCGGCGUUUUGAAUCGGUUUGAUACUAUGCUCGAAAAUAUCUGUAAAAAUUAUAACUUGAAGAAAUUGCAAACAUCAAAAUUCUCAGAGGGAGCUCGUGUCGUAUUAGUGGCAAUAUUGAAAUUUUCGCGGGUGUUGUUGGAAAACUGCACGAAUAGAAAUUUGUACAGUUCUUAUGAGCAUCUCAAUGACUUGUUAUAUACAAGUGAUUUGGAUGUUUUAGAAGUUUUGUUGCGUUUGAUUCUCCGACCUGCACAACGACUCAGUAAUCAGCGAGCGCUUCGCACAAAUUUUACCAUUUCUCCUGAGCGCAUUUUAACGUUGGCUCAUUGUUGGGGUACAAAAGAAUACGAUCUUGAAAUGGAAAAUCUUGCAUCUGAUGAUGUAACUAUUCCAGAAGAGCUGACUACCUUAAAUUAUCAGUUUUAUCGACAUCUAACCCCAUCGGAAGCUGCUGAAACUACUGUUGACAAGAAAAGUGAUACAACCACUCCUACUCAAUCUCAGAAAAGUCAGAGAAAAGAUAGUGCAUCAAGUUCGGGUGGGACCAAAGCUGGAGAAGGCGUCACUUUAAUUUCUGUUAAUAACGUUCGUCAACUUGGAGAUACAGAUAUGAACAUUUUAAAUCAUGUUGUUCAGGAAUAUAAUAUUCCUGAAGAAUUUCACUUUGCCCUUCUGAAUCGAAUUCGAAUUGUCACCAAUAUUUCAUCAACCGAGGCUAGACGAAGACUCUUAAUAAUAAGAUUACUUGCCGUUGCCAUCAUGGGUUCGUUUAUUCACGUUCCGUUUGUAUAUGACUGCUAUUAUAAGCGAUCCAAAUUGUUCUUAUAUGAACCUGAUAUUGUUGCAAACCUUGCCAAGCUAGUACACCCAGAUCGAAACAUACCAUUUGAUAUUCAAACGGUUGCACUUUACGCUUUGGAUGGGAUUAGUAGAUAUCGAUCGAAGCUUGGUGAAGUUUUAACAGCUAUAAAUGCUUCUGCAAAUCAUGGCAUUCUUCUUUAUGUUUUGCGAAGGGUUAUAGCGGAUCUAGAGCGCGAUAAUCCCAUAUAUCCUCAGGAAUACUACGAUGCGCUCUUCGCAUUAAUAUCUUACAUCAUUACCACACAAACUGGUGGAACGAUGGUUAUAUCAGCCGGAAUCGUUCCAACGCUUUUGCAGUUACUUAACAAUAAGAAUUCACACCAAUUAAAGAACGUAACAAAAGCAGUCGGUAUCCUUGACAGUCUUGUCUAUGGAUUCAAUACAUCGUUUACUUCAUUUUGUAAUGCUAAUGGCGUCCGUGUACUAGUUGGUAGAAUUAAGGAAGAAGUUGAUAAUGGUAUACGACUUGCCAAAGAGGCCCGAGACAAUCAAAUGGAAGGUAUCACGAUCGCAAAUUCAUCUGCACCGGCUGGACCAUCUUCAGAAGUUGGAGAGCUUAUUUCUUCUGUCGCUAUUGAAAAUGAU